AUGGCUGACGUACCAAAUGCAGCUCCUGUCGCCUGCGUGCUGGCCGGCCACGGCUUAUUCCUCCUCGGAUGCGGCUGGUACGGCGCCAAGAUCUCCGGCUGGACAGCCAUGCACAGCCUGUACGCUGGCGCUGGAGGCGGCGCAGCGCUGGGUGUCUGCGGCCUCCUCACCGUUGGCGGCACGCGUAAGCUGUACAUGAUCGGUGUGCACGUCGGCCUGUUGCUCCAGGUUGCGUUUAGCGCCGUCUUUGGGCUGCAAGCGUGGAGGUCGUACGGCGUACCAGCCAAGGCGGACCGGUUUCCGCUCUUUGUCGUCAUGUGCGGCGGCUCGGUGCUCGCGCUUGGGCUGAUGCGCGCCUUCAAACCGAAGGCUAAGGAGAAGAAGUGA